CACGCACAGCAGAAUUCUAAGAAGAUCUCACACAACGAAAUGAUCGACAGGAGGACGUUUGCUGUUCAAAUGUAAAAGAAUUACCCAUGGACCUCAGUGAGGAGGAAUCUGCCCCUCUGGUGAUCAGAGAUCGGGGUGGCAGCCAGAGGUCACGGUCUACCAAUGGUGCCAGUUUACAAGUACAUCUCUACUUCCUACACUCCACAAAGGAUGAAACAACAAUACACAUUUCAUCUGGCCAAAUCUCUGCUGAAAAUGUCUGCAUCCAAGCAGGCAAAAAAUGUGGAAUCUUACCAGUAUACCAAACUGUUUUUGGUUUGGCAUCUGCUGAUCUGUCAUUUUGGUAUCCUCCGUCGCACAUGUUCAACACAGAAGAAGACGUACAAGUUCACUUUAGAGUCAGGUUUUACUUUGGAAACUGGUUUGGACAAGGACCAGGAACAUCGUACCGCUACAGUUUGACCAGAGACAGAAUCAGUCCAGUGUUUGACUGCAGUGUCAUUGAUUAUCUCUUUUCUCAGUUGCGAAGUGACUUUAUUGCUUGUGAGGCUGGAGUGUGUCCACCUUUGAGUGCUCAAGAGGAAUGCCUUGGCCUUGCAGUGUUGGACUUGUGGAGAAUGGCUAAAGAGCGCCAUCAGAGUGUAAGGGAGCUCUGCAAGACUGUCAGCUACAAAUCGUGCCUUCCCAUGUCACAUCGUCAAGACAUCCAGAGACGAAACCGCCUGGAUCGUUAUCGAAUCCGAAAUACCCUCAAGCGUUUCUUGAAGAAGCUUGGCAACUGCUCGAUAGAUGAGUGCAGCUUGAAGCUGAAGUACCUGAUCGAACUGGCUGGCAUCGUACCCUCUCUGGGAAGUGAAACCUUCCAAGUGAAUCCUUCUUCCUCCCAAUCCCAGUCAACUUUCUCAUUCAUAAAGGUCACUUGGGAAAGAGGAAUUGAAACCAGUGGAAGUCUUCAUCCUGAACUGUGGCACACCUUCUCUGAUUUCAAAGAAAUCAUCGACAUUGGAAUAAAGAGGGUAUGCCAUGAGCAAGUUCCUCAAGACAGCAGAGUGGUGACGAUAACUCGUAAAGAUGACAGAUGUUUGGAAGCAAACUUCCAGAGUUUCAAAGAAGCACUUUCAUUUGUGUCUCUUGUUGAUGGCUACUUCAGACUGAGCACAGACUCCAAUCACUACUUCUGUCAAAACAUUGCUCCUCCAAGUGUUCUGGAGGGGAUCAAAAACCAUUGUCACGGUCCAAUCACGUCAGAGUUUGCAGUCAACAAGUUGAAAAAGUCAGGAUUUAAAGGUGGUACGUUUCUUCUGCGACAAAGUCCCAGGAACUACGACAACUUCUUCCUCACUGUUUGUGUUCAGACUCCACUUGGACUUGACUAUAAAGACUGCCUCAUUAUUAAGAAUGAGCGCUACAAUCUUCCAGGAGUCCAGAACUCAUUUUCCAGCUUGAAAGAGCUCACCAACUAUUACCAACAGCACAAGCUUCUACUGGCGGAAGUGCCUGUGAAGUUGCUCCGCUGCUGUCCACCCCAACACAAAGAUAUCACUAAUUUGAUCAUCAUUCGCAACAGAAGCUCUGUAGAAGCUCAAGGGUCUCCAACACCUCAAGGGAACAAAUUGAGUCACAUUGAGUUUCACAUGAUCAAAUAUAAAGACCUGGAAUUUGGCGAAAACCUCGGACAGGGAUCCUUCACCCGAAAUUUCAAAGGGUAUAAAACCGACAUCCGCGAUGGGGAGAAAUAUGUGACGCCUGUUUUCCUGAAAGAACUCGACGUCAUUCAUAAACACCGCUGGGAAUCAUUCUUUGAAGCUGCCAGCGUGAUGAGUCAAAUUUCCCACAGUCACCUCCUACUUGUCUAUGGUGUUAGUGUGCAUGGAGUCCAAAACAUCAUGGUGCAAGAGUUUGUAGAGUACGGCGCCCUUGACCUCUACUUGAAGAGAAGGAGAUCUGUGUCAGUGAGUUGGAAACUUGACGUAGCUAAACAGCUGGCCUCCGCCCUCCUUUUUCUGGAGGAAAAGAACAUCGUUCAUGGAAAUAUUUGUGCCAAAAACCUGCUGCUGGCCAGAGAAGAUGACCCAUCGCAGGGCAUUUCUCCUUUCAUCAAGUUGAGCGACCCCGGGAUUAGCGUUGCCAUGCUGGGCAAGGAGGUAAUCCUAGACAGAAUCCCCUGGGUGGCCCCUGAGCUGCUGGACAGCCCGGAAAACCUGACUUUGGAUUGUGAUAAGUGGAGCUUUGGUGCCACAGUGUGGGAAAUCUUCAACAAUGGGAACACUCCGCUGCUGGGAUGGGAAUUAGAAAAGAAGCAGCAGUUUUAUAAGAGCUCCCAGCAGCUGCCCCCCUCUCAGUGGACAGAGCUAGCCGAUCUUGUGAGUCAGUGUAUGGACUACCAGGCCGACUUCAGACCUUCCUGUCGCUGUAUCAUCCGACAGCUAAACAGUCUCAUCACUUCAGACUAUGUAAUACUUCACGCCACUGAGCCAAUCGCAAGGAGCUCUGUGCGGAGAACCUCAAUCCCUGCUCAACCUGAGCAGACAUUGUUUGAGGAGAGACACCUUCGAUUCAUCUCCUCUCUGGGUAAAGGGAACUUUGGCAGUGUUGAACUUUGCCGUUAUGACCCACUGGGGGAUAACACGGGUGAGCUGGUUGCUGUGAAAAAGCUGCAGCCCAAUAAGAAGUCGACCCUGGAGGACUUCAAGAAGGAGGUCAACACUCUCAGCAUUUUUCAGUGCGACUACAUUGUCAAAUAUAAGGGAGUCUGCUACAGCACAGGUCGCCUCAGUAUGAGUUUGGUGAUGGAGUACCUCCCUUAUGGCAGCCUUAUUGGCUACUUGGAUAAUUACCGACAGGUCAACGCCAGGCGGAUGCUGCUUUUCGCGUCGCAGAUCUGCAAGGGGAUGGAGUACCUGCAGAGCCUCCGUUAUGUGCACAGAGAUCUCGCAGCCCGAAAUAUCCUCGUGGCCAGCGAGUCUCUAGUAAAAAUUGCUGACUUUGGUUUGACCAAGGUUAUUCCUUUUGACAAGGAGUACUACCGGGUCAUGCAGCCUGGAGAGAGCCCAAUUUUUUGGUACGCUCCAGAGUCCAUAAACGAAUCCAGAUUUUCCCACAAGUCAGAUGUCUGGAGUUUUGGAGUUGUUCUUCACGAGCUUUUCAGCUACUGCAACACAAAUUACAAUCCAAAAAGGCUGUGUAUGCAGGAGAUUGGACACAAUGUGCACAGUCCAUCAGUUGCAAUGCAUUUGGAAAAUAUUCUGAAGAGCAACUGGAGGUUGCCGCCUCCCCCAAACUGCCCUCCCGAGGUGUACGUUUUGAUGAAGCAGUGCUGGGCGUACAACUUUGAGGAGCGACCAUGUUUCUCUAGCUUGGGGAAACAAAUUGAAACUAUCAUGCAGGAAGACAGGGAGAACCUCGAAGGCUGAGAGAGAAGAAGAAGUUGCACAUCCCAGUUUGAAAUGAUAGAAAUUGGUUCACUGUUGAAUUGAAUUUGAUUCCCAAAGGUCCCACACUCAGAUCAAUCAAUAAAAGAUCAAAAGGUCAGAGUCAGAGGUCAAAACAGCUUCAAUAACAAAAAUAAAUAUUUGAUGAACAGAUGAAUA